GAAAAGUGAAGAGUUAAGAUUACUCCAUAAAAAUAAGGAAGAAGGGUUUGGUGUUUGUUUCAUUAAUCAAAGAAAUGAGAAUGAGUGCAAGUAGUGAUAUAGCAGAGGUUAUGUGGAAGGAAAUUGAGUCUACACACUCAGUGAAUGAUGAUCAACUUUGGAUUUUACAUUUCUUAUUUGGAAAGAACUUCGAGGGAGCGAGUAGGAUAGUGGAUCAAAGAGGUGUCAAGAGGAUUUCUGGUCAGCCUAGUGGAAGGUUUAUCUUUCAGGUUACAGGGGAAUCCCGGAGAAAAGACCAGUAUAUGUGUUUUGCAGAGAACUUUUGCUCCUGUUAUUCUUUCUUCUAUGACGUUGUGAACAGAGGAGAACAACUUUGUUGUAAACAUCAAAUAGCUGCAAGAGUUGCUGCAUCAAUGAGAUCUUAUAUUGAAGUUAAUGUGUCUGACGAGGAGCUAGCUUUAUUGCUAUCCAAAAUAUAGCCCUUGCUUCUCUCUCUCUUUUUUCUUUUCCGUGAGUGAAUGAUGAUC